AUGUCCCAGAAACAAGAGGAGGAGAACCCUGUGGAGGAGACCGGUAAGGAGAAGCAGGACACACAGGAGAAAGAAGGUAUGCUCCCUGAGAGAGCCGAGGAGGCAAAGCUAAAGGCCAGAUAUCCAAGCCUAGGACAAAAGCUUGGAGGCUCCGACUUCCUCAUGAAGAGACUCCAGAAAGGGCAAAAGUACUUUAACUCAGGAGACUAUAACAUGCCCAAAGCCAAGAUGAAGAAUAAGCAGCUACCAAGUACAGGACCAGACAAGAACCUGGUGACUGGUGACCACAUCCCCACCCCACAGGUUCUGCCCCAGCGAAAGUCCUCUCUCAUCACCAGCAAGCUCGCGAGCGUGAAGUACACAGUUUCCAUGGCAAAGAAGGGUCAUUUCAAAAUCCAAAUCCAAAGUGCUUUGAUUAAACCUAGAUUAUUAUUAUCAAAACAACAUGUGUGUUGCCCGGCCCUGACCUCCGUGCAGUUACCGCCUCAUCGCUGUGCGCCCCCGUCCGUCUCCGCUGCUGCCGGUGGCUCUGGCCUUGCCUCUGAAACCAAGCCUGCCUGA